GGCUACCCGUGACAGCGGUUCGAGAGUCCUCUGUCUCCAUCUUAUCUCAUUGGGAUCUGUAGUGUGACUCGAGCAGAAUUAGCACAAUUCUCGUACAUGCAUCGACGGCUAGAAGUUCAGGACUUGGCCAUCGAAUACGAAGUUCUGCACGCCAGGAUGCAACACCCGGACUCUGUCGGCAAAUACUCUCCGGUCCUUCCGGAUCUGCUUCACCGAGAGAAGAACAUCCCCACUGCCACUCCAGGUGUAGUUCACCUCGACUUUGCUUAACGCAGGAAAGGUUUUGGGCGUCAUGAUCGCAUCGAAGGAUCCCCCCGACGCAGGGAUCCGGCACUCAUUGAAGGUGAUCCGGCGGAGAUUGGGGAGCACGGGCCACGACGUGAAAUGCAUCGCAUGGAGGGUCCACAGCGUCAAUGCGGACAGGGUCGGGAGGUGGGAGGCCAGCAGCCGGAGGCAGUCCGGCAGUUGGGCGUGCUGCCGCAGCUCGAUAUGCGCAAGAUGAGGGAACCGGGCAUCGGCAUCCCCCGGCGACAAGACGUGCAGGACGAACGGGACCAGCGCAUUCAAGGUCUGCAGUUUCGGGAGACUGAGCGGUGCGCCACUGGCCUCAAGCACGGAGUACGCGGUCAUGUUCUUGAUGGUUGUCACUCUGCGGUGGCGAUUGAGAAAGCGCGUGCUCGUCUCGACACUGAUUUCCGGGGCCCAGAGACCGACGCAUACCAGCGCGGGCAGAUGGAGCGAGCCCAAGACGGCGUCCCACUCGUUUGGAGCGAGCUUGAUUGUCAGCUGCAGGUCAGUCAGAGUGUGCGCAUCAAGGACGACCGUGUUCCAGAGCUUCUCCGCCCGCGGACGGAAGGUAGCGCUGAGGGUCUGCAUUGUGCGGAUCGUCGGCACACUCUGCUUCGAGCGGUCAUGCAUCGUGAUGCUGGCGUAGCUGUUUGCUGCCUUCCAUGUGCCAUCAUAGUUUCCCGUCGACGGCGACCACUUCUUCAAGCCGUCCGGCCGGCAGGUAAGCAGUCCGUCUGUCAUCACGACCGCCGUUACCGCUCGUGUACAGUCGGUCGUCGCACGAAGCAGAAGCACGACCGCACGGGCCAUAGAGCGGGACGUCAGCGCUGCCUGGAUCCCAUCCAUCCCUAGGUCGAUGUGCAUUGAGAGGCCGACGUCGUCCGGUCGAGACAGCGCCGCAGCCCAGUGUACCACCGAGGCGAGCUCCUCCACUCCACGCACGUCCAAGCUAUCUUUCUCUGCGAUCCAGCGCAGCUCCUGCACCCCCGGCCCAUCAUUCGUCCGGAAGAAUAGCGCGGACUUGAGCGCGUGCGCAGCUGCCUCCGAGUCGUCCGUCCUGAUAGCCAGACAUCCCGUCGCGAUGCCCGCGGCCGUCACACCGUACAAGCUCAGCCACGCCCGCGUGGCGAGAUCAUUAAAGCGGCGCGAUACCUGCGCGAGAUUCACGAGCGUCUUUGGGGGCUGGGGUUCCGAUAGGACGAGGUGGGAGAGAAUGGAGGGUAUGAGCUCGUUGGGGAGGGCCGCGAAUCCGUGUUCCGAUUCCUGAGGUAAGAUGGGAGUGGAAGAUAAUGGUGUUUUCACAGAGGACACUUCGGAAGAAGCGAUGGGUAACCUGAGUCCCCAUUUCUUGAGAAAGGAUGACAUGCGGAGAGAAGAGAGAUUGUGGGGAAAGACCUACAUCUCCAUCCGGAAUGGUGUAGGGGUUAACAUUGUCGCCUCUCAUGAGUUGC